ACCGAUCGAAAUGUAUUCGUAAACGAUAUUGUUGAUUGGAAAUGUGAAACAAGUGCGGACUGUUAUGUGAAUCUAAGUAGCUGCGUCGAUGGAACAUGUCAAUGUCCUUCUGGUUAUAUUUACAAUGGAAAUAUGACGUCGUGCAUUAAAGUUGCUAGAAGGUACGGCGAUGAUUGCGAAGAAUCGAUACAGUGCUCCAGGUAUUUGUUCAGCGGUGCAUUUUGCAUGAAGAAAACUUGCGUAUGUUCUGAAGGAUAUUAUUAUAUGCACGGACGUUGUAACGAGUAUUCAGGAUUGUCUGAGAAAUGUCGCAAGGACUACGAUUGCUAUACACACGGUGUCUUCAAUGCAAUGUCUUGCGUUAAUGGAAUUUGCAAAUGUAGCUCUAACUUUUAUCAACGAGAAUACAGAAGUUGUCGUCCGGCAGCGAAAGGUGUUAGGGAUAAAUGUGUCAUUGAUAACGAUUGCAAGCAAUUUAAUAACGCUGCGAAUUGCCAAUAUGAUAACACAUGCGCGUUAGAAGAAAAUAAUACAGUGUCUGAAUUCUUGAAUAAUAACAAUAUUUUACAAAAAAGUGACCCAACUAGUACAGUAACUAAGUGUACGGUGGAUGCAGAUUGCAAAGAUUUAGGAGAUGCAUUUUGCGAACCUUCAGGAACCUGUAUUUGCAAACGUGCACAUUUUUUUAACGAAGAAUCAAAUAAAUGUGUUCCAGAACUUGGAGAAUCAUGUCAACCUGGAGACGAGCCUAAUAUCGAGUAUUCAGAAUGUCGCAACGGUAUAUGGAACUGCGAAUUGGACAGAGCUGUUUCAAAGAAUAAUCAGAAAUGUGAAAAAGCAACAAAGAAAUAUAACAGUUAUUGUAACAGUGAUAUAAAUUGUCACGUUUUUGGUCCGGAUGCUAUUUGCGAGAACAACAAUUGCGUAUGCAACGAGAAUUCUCGGUUUGUCGAAAGCGAAUUAUUUUGUUGGACAAAAAGGGGGAUAAGUGAAACAUGUCACAAAGAUAUAGAUUGUUAUAUUAACGAAACGGAUACUAAACUGCACUGUAAAGACAAUUUCUGUUCCUGUCCAGAUGGAACUCAUCCGAAUUUCAAUAAAACCGAUUGUAUACAUUUUUCAGCAGGUAUUGGAUCGGUGUGUGAAACUGACAUGGAUUGCACUACGAAGAAUGCAGAAUGUGCAAACAAUGUUUGUACUUGUCGAAAGUAUUACUAUCUAUCCAACGAUCAAUGUUUACCAGGUAUCGCUAGCUCUUGCGACAACGAUACUGAUUGCAAACCAGAGAAUUCAGAAUGUAGAGUGGGUCAUUGUUAUUGUCUAAUAGGCUACGUCGCCGAGUCAAUUAAUUCAUGUCUACCAGUUGCAGCGUAUGGGGACUCUUGUGAAAAAGAUAUUCAAUGUUCUGCUGAGUUACCAAAUGCAGUUUGUUUACACGUCGAUAACUCGAUUUCCAAUACAACAAACUCAACGUGUGCUUGUGCCGAAGGCUAUCACUACAACUACCUCAGAUGUCAUAAACGUAGAGUUCUCGGUAUGAGCUGCAUGAAUCUUGCGGAAUGUUAUCUGGAUUCCGGCGAUCGAGUGGUCUGCAAGAAUGGUCGGUGCGCAUGCGAUUCGGGUUACAUUCAAGUAAAUAAUACUGUGUGCAAAGAAAUUCAACGUUACAACAUUAACGAUGGUAGCAUUAGGAUCAAUACUAUGGGGUUGAUACCAAUAUUACUGUGGAUGAUAAAUUUUUUAAUUUAACAAAGC